AUGCUUCCAUCGCUGCUACGCUCUUUCUCUCGGCUUGGACGGGCGUGGAGACCCCUUGACUUCUCCAAUACAAACUUCACACGGAUAAACGACAGUCAGAAGAUCGAAGAAGAGACCAUCCCAGAUUACAUUGCUUCACGGUAUUAUCCUACUCGAAUAGGACAAGUCUUUCAGGACCGAUAUCAGGUCGUAGGGAAGCUAGGAUUUGGAGCUAGUUCGACUGCGUGGCUUGCGCGGGACAUGAAUUGUCAUCGUUACGUUACCCUUAAAAUAUUCAUUAACUCCACAUCCUUGGGACAGCAGUUGGAUGACGAGCUCAAGAUGUACCAACGCAUAGAGAGAGCCUCGAAAUUCCACCCAGGUCGCAAUGCUGUCAGAUCGCUACUUGACUCAUUUUACGUUGAUGGUCCCAAAGACAAACAUAGGUGUCUCGUGCAUCCUCCAUUGUGGGAGAGUGUGUUGACAUUUUUGCACCGCAAUCCGAUACGGCAACUACCGAAACCAGUUCUGGCAUUUGUGCUACAGCGCCUGUUCUUGGCGCUAGAUUAUCUGCACACAGAAUGCAAAAUCGUACACGCAGAUAUCAAAGCCGACAACAUCAUGUUCGGAAUCGCUGAUGAUUCAGUCUUCACUGACUUUGAAGAAAGGGAGCUUGAAGCUCCCUCCCCAAGGAAGGAACUAGAUGGAAGAAUAAUAUAUGUGUCCCGGGAACUCAGGAUGCCUAGGGAAUGGGGAGCCCCCGUCUUAUGCGACUUUGGCUCUGCUAUGCCUGGUGGCAUAGAGCAUUUCGAAGACAUCCAGCCUAAUAUCUAUCGAGCCCCGGAGGUGAUUCUGGAAGCCCCAUGGACUUAUAGUGUCGAUAUAUGGAAUGUGGGAUGUAUGAUUUGGGACCUGUUUGAAACCGAAUCGUUGUUCACUGGAUACGACCCAGAAUUUCAGACUUACCGAAGUCGGGCUCAUCUCAGCGAGAUGAUAAGCCUCCUCGGUCCCCCUCCACUCAGUCUGCUUGCCCAAGGGAAGUCAAGCCACAAGUUCUUCUCUAAUGAAGGUGACUUUUGUGUUGAAACCCCAUUCCAACCUCGGAUCCCACUGGAGGAGAGAGAAACUACACUUGAGGGAGAGGACAAAUCAAAGUUUUUGCACCUAAUAAGGAAGAUAUUGCAGUGGGAGCCAGGCAUGCGAAGUUGCGCUAAGGAACUAGCACAGGACGAGUGGAUUUGUCAGAACUUAUGA